CUUUAGCCAAGCUAGGUGACGUGCCAAGAGAGCUGCCUAGGAAGCCUGGGACUCUGAGACCCGAAGGAAGAAUUAAGUCCUGACUAACAGGGUCGCCUCGGGGUGGAGUCACAAAAAGGAACUGCCAGUCUAAGAGGCAGGGCUCUGUAGCCGGAGGCGGAGCUGAGGACCGAGAGGGCUAGUCCUACGUCCUGAAGGCCCAUAGGGCUUCAGGGUCCACUGAGUAGGGAAGGUGGCGUCGGUGCACCGGACCCCCCGCGUCCGCAGGCUGCCGUCGUUGAGUCACAUUGCCGUGGUGGUGGACCAAGGCUCGGGCUUCGCCAAGGCGGGCUUUGCUGGGGAGAUCCAGCCGCGCGUGGUGCUGAAGAGCUCCAGUCUGCUGCCCAGUUGGGACCGGCCUGUGGGGCCCGGGCUGCCUGGUUGCGAGCUGGCGGGCGGCGUGGCCCGUGCCCACCCUAUCAAGCAUGGUGUGGUGGUGGACUGGGACGCAUUGGAGGGACUGUGGGAGCGCCUAAUGGUGGGAGGCCUGCAGGUCCGCCCCAAACAGUGGCCUGUGCUGGUGAGCGACUCACCGUCGGCCCCACCCGAGGGCCGAGAGAAGGUGGCCGAGCUGCUGUUCGAGGCCCUGACAGUGCCCGCGUGCCACAUGGCCAGCACGGCGCUGCUGGCCCUCUGCUCCACGGGAGCGAUCAGUGGGCUGGCUGUGGAGGCGGGCGCGGGCGUGUGCCACGCCACACCCAUCUACGCGGGUCACUCCUGGCACAAUGCCACUUUCCGUCUGAACGUGGCAGGCAGCACCCUGUCGCGCUACUUUCGAGAACUGCUGGUGGCAGCGUGCCCUGACCUUCAGCUGCAGGCCCUGCCCCGCAAGACCAUUACACAGCUCAAGAAGCGCUGCUGCUAUGUGUCGCUAGAUUUCCAGGGUGAUAUCUGUGACCCUGCCCGCCACCAGAGGGCCUGUUUCUGCCUGGGCAAUGGCAGCUAUGUGCGCCUAGGCAGCGAGCGCUUCCGGUGCCCUGAACCCAUCUUCCAGCCAAGUCUCCUAGGCCACCCUGAACCGGGGCUGCCCGCGUUGGCGUUCCAGGCGCUGCAGAAGAUACCCACACCACUGCGGCCACGGCUGGCUAAGACGGUGGUGCUGGCUGGCGGGUCCACCCUUUUCCCUGGCUUUGUGCAGCGCAUGAACCUGGAGCUGGAGGCACAGUGCCAGAGUAAUGGGCUCCAGUCCCUGCAGCCCUGCCUCGUGGCUCAGCCUGGUCGGGCCACAGCCGUGUGGACUGGAGGCUCCAUGAUGGCCUCCCUGCAAUCCUUUGAGUGCCGGUGGAUGACUCGGGCCAUGUACCAGGAGUUCGGCCCUUCUCUGGUGCGGAAAGUGUUCGACUGAGUUUUAUGCUGAACUAGAACGGAUGGUGCGCCACCAGGGGUGCUGCAGGGCCAGAGGCUGCAACUCUGUCCUAGCAUGGAGAACCAGAUAAACAGAUUCAAGUGUUCGCAGCUGGCACAGUUAUCAUAUGGGGACGGGCUGCCCUUUCCCUCUCUGGGCUAACCCUGACCUUCAUUUGCUUCCUGUUUGAAUACACA